CCCACCUAGAACAGAACCGAGCCGCUUCUCUUCGGGCCGCUGGAGAUGGACGGAACCGAGCCCGCGGAGAGUCUCCGCGUCUCCUGGACUUUUUGAAUUCCUCUGGAAAAAUCACCUCCGCGGAUAAACGGGUUUAAUCUGGGAGUGAAGAUAAAACUAAACAAAUAAAAACUGUCGCGAUUUUUUUUUUUUUUUACGCCGACGGCCCCUUCACGGACCGCCCGACAAACGGACACUGAUUUAAUUUCACCUUUUCGGGUCAACAACCGGACACGGACGCGCCAUGUAAAAACUGAAAACGGCCUUUUUUUAAACUCUUUAGUGAGUUUUUAUUUGUUUCGUCUCAUCUCAGCUGUUUGUCUCCAACACGUCCGGUCCGGUCCGGUUCGGAGAGAGUGUCACGAUCCAUGCUGAGGCUGUUUUUUCUCACACAGCUGCAGAGCGAAGCAACAACACUUUUAUUUCCCGGCUGCCCGAGUUAAGAUCAGGUCUGUCGAAGAUGUCAACAAAAACUCCUUUACCCACACUGAACGAGAAGCAGACGGAAAGUCACACGUCUCAUAGCAACGGGCGCCAGGAGCUCAGCGGCACGCGCUCCGCCCGCACCGGCGUGCGAACCCGCGGCUCCGAUGAGCCGCAGCAGCCUCACGUGGGAAACUACCGUCUGCUCAAGACCAUCGGCAAGGGCAACUUCGCCAAAGUCAAGCUGGCACGGCACAUCCUCACCGGCAGAGAGGUGGCGAUUAAAAUCAUAGACAAGACUCAGCUGAACCCCAACAGCCUUCAGAAGCUCUUCAGAGAAGUCCGAAUCAUGAAAAUCCUGAAUCAUCCUAAUAUAGUCAAGCUGUUCGAGGUGAUUGAGACGGAGAGGACGCUCUACCUGGUGAUGGAGUACGCCAGCGGAGGAGAGGUGUUCGACUACCUGGUCGCUCACGGAAGAAUGAAGGAAAAAGAGGCCAGAGCUAAAUUUAGACAGAUCGUAUCAGCAGUGCAGUACUGCCACCAGAAGCACAUCGUUCACCGGGACCUCAAGGCAGAGAACCUGCUUCUGGACGCAGACAUGAACAUAAAGAUCGCAGACUUCGGCUUCAGUAAUGAGUUCACUCUGGGCAACAAGCUGGACACGUUCUGUGGCUCGCCGCCGUACGCAGCUCCUGAACUCUUCCAGGGGAAGAAGUACGACGGUCCAGAGGUGGACGUGUGGAGUCUGGGCGUCAUCCUGUACACGCUGGUCAGCGGCUCGCUGCCCUUCGAUGGACAGAACCUGAAGGAGCUGCGAGAGCGUGUCCUCAGAGGAAAGUACCGCAUCCCCUUCUACAUGUCCACAGACUGUGAGAACCUGCUGAAACGGUUCCUGGUCCUGAACCCGGCCAAGCGUGGUACUCUGGAGCAAAUCAUGAAGGAUCGAUGGAUCAACUCGGGCUUUGAGGAGGACGAGCUGAAGCCGUACACGGAACCAGAACUGGACAUCACGGACCAGAAGAGAAUCGAUGUGAUGGUGGGGAUGGGCUACAACCUGGAGGAGAUCCAGGAGUCUUUAGCUAAGAUGAAGUACGACGAGAUCACAGCCACGUACCUGCUGCUGGGCAGGAAGGCCUCUGAGAUGGAGCCCAGCGAGUCCGCCUCCAGCAGCAACCUGUCUCUGUCCAAACCCAGACCCAGCAGUGAGAUGAACGGUCAGUCGCCAUCCCACCUGAAGGUCCAGAGGAGCGUCUCCAACCACAAGCAGAGGCGCUACAGCGAGCAAGUCGGUCAGAACCUUCCUCCGGGGAUGGCUCACCCGAAGAGGAGUCAGACCACCACGGGGGACAACAGCUCCAAAGACGAGGUCCAGCUCCGGAAGCCCGGCGGCCCCCCCUCCAGCCCCCUGCUGGGCAACGCCAACAACCCCAACAAGGCCGACAUCCCCGACCGGAGGAAAGGAGCCACCACCGGUCCCAGCAAUAACUCAGCGUCUGCAGGUAUGACCCGCAGGAACACGUACGUCUGCAGCGACAGGAACAACACGGACCGCCUGUCCGUCAUCCCCAACGGGAAGGAGAACAGUCGCCAUGUACCUGGGGAUCAAAAAGGGGAAGGCAAAGACGGUAAGCCCCGCUCCCUCCGGUUCACUUGGAGUAUGAGGACCACCAGCUCCAUGGAGCCCGGCGACAUCAUGCGGGAGAUCCGUAAGGUCCUGGACGCCAACAGCUGCGACUACGAGCAGCAGGAGAGCUUCCUGCUGCUCUGCGUCCACGGAGACGGGCGGGCUGAGAACCUGGUCCAAUGGGAGAUGGAGGUCUGCAAACUGCCCCGCCUCUCGCUCAACGGCGUCCGCUUCAAACGGAUAUCCGGCUCGUCCAUCGCUUUCAAAAACAUUGCUUCCAAAGUCGCCAACGAGUUAAAACUAUGAAGAGAACGUGUCAAAGUAAAGCUGUACAAUCAUCUGUAGCAGGUUCCAAAAUCCCUUUUUUCAACUCAAUCAGAUGGAAUGUUCUAACAUAGAUCAAAGCUUCUGGCAAUAAUUACUAAUCUGAGUGACAGGAAGACUGUGGACACAUUCUGCUCUUAUUUAUUUCACCUUGGUUUGUUUUCUGCAAGAAGAAAAGGACGUAGCUUCGUUUCUGUAAAUAAUGUAUCUUACUUUGGAAAAAAUGGCUUCAGUUUUUUUUUUUGUAUUUUGUUAAAAAGUAGAAAUGGAGAGUCUGUAAACGCCCACAUGUUUAAAGUCACUCACAUCUCAAUUAAAGUUUCUGUUGACUUUAA